ACGUAUAUAUGUUUCAGUGAUUUCUGCAAUCGUAUAGCGGUAAAAGAUGGCAUCAGCAGUAGGAAUUAGGAGAGAAUUUAACUUGAAAUGGAACAAAGAUACAAUUAUUUUUAAGAUUUACCGCGGUUCCAUCACAAAACCUAGUGGCCCUGUUGAAGCUAUCGUCAGUAUCUGGGAUAGAGGCAAAGCUGAGGGUUUCUCAGAGGCAAUUAUAAAGGAAGCAGGGAAUGAGGUUGUUGAAGAGAUCAGGGCCAACAGACAGAUAAAAAAUAAUGAAAAUUUGGUCACAAAGGCGGGAAGGCUUCCUUGUAAAUUUAUUAUUCACUGCGCCUGUCCACGUUGGGAAAAUUACGACAUGGGAAGCAAGGCAGAGUGUCUAAAAGAUCUCUGCGAAACUAUCACGAAAGCUCUAUUAACAGCAUGUGAAAGAGGUGUAAAAUCUAUUGCUUUGCCACCUAUAGGCUCAGGGAAAAUUUUUGGAAUUCCAAAUAUUGCAUCUGCAGCAAUGUAUGUAAAAUCCGUAAUGGAAUAUCGAAACUUUCUACUAGGAAAAAAUUCAAUCAAAGAAAUUCACUUUAUUGAUAAAAAAGAUGACAUGAUAGAAUUGGUAAUAGAUACAUACGAAAUUGCUCUUCUUAACUCAGGAUAUCUUGAGGAAAAAUCUGUGAUGAUGCGAUUGAAUGAUCAAGAGAAACAUCUAGGACAAAUUAGGUAUCCAAAUAAAUCUUCAAAUACAUAUCCAUCCAACUGUGUGCCAGGGCAACAACAAUGCCCAAACCCAUACAACAGCAUUCCUUCCACAGUCCCAAUGCCUCAACCUGAUUUUAAACAGUUUCAAUACCCUUUGCAGUCUAAUCCUUACACUCCAAGCAUAGCAAAUAUAAGGCACAUUAAUUCCAGUGGAGGAACAGAAAUCUUUGAGUUGAAUAAUCUUAAUGUGCUUAUUUACACUGAGGAUCUCACAAAAAUUCACAACAUCGAUAUUCUAGUGUCAACAGAAAAUGCCCAAGUGCCUGGAAACGGCAAACUUGCAAAAGCAAUUCUCGAAAAGGCAGGAAAUUCAUAUCAAAAGGAGCAUACCAAACUGUUUUCAGGGAAGAAAAAGCGUAACACAACCGAAGUAUUACAGACUAGUGCGGGAUGUCUUAGUUUUAAACUUGUUUUGCAUGCCAUUAUUGAAAAAUUUCCGGAUGACCUUCCUUCAGAUUUUUACCUACAACAGUUAUGGGAUACUACGUUGAAUAUACUAAAUGCAGCAAACACGAAAAAGGUUAAAAGGAAGAAAUUGUUAUCCAUUGCUUUGUCGCUAUUAGGGACGGGUUCAAUUCAGAAUCCACAACAUCUAGCAAGAUAUGCCACAGUUAUGCUACAAGCAAUUGAAUCUUUCUCAUCAGCAAAAAAUGUCAAUUUGAAGACGGUCCAUGUUGUCAAUUUUACCGACCAAACUACGAAAGUGGUUAUCGAUGUAUUUAGAUCCUUCUGUUCGAAUUCAAAUCUUCAAAGAGACCGACAGGUUAUUAAGAAAAAAGAGCCAAAGGGUGAGAUUACGAAAAAUUCUCGUAAAGAUUCUAACAAGUUUAACCCUAAAAAUUAUAAAAGGAUCGAUUCUUGGAGAUCAUCUGCAAACCACAAGCAAAAUAUGGAAUUGUUUUUGGUAUCCGUACCUCCCAAAAAUACCUUUCUUGGAAAGUAUAACGAUUCCAUUCCAAUACAAAACCCUGGAUCAAAACUUUGUCCAGGAAAUCUUCUAAUGAUCGACUCGGAUUCUGAGGAUACCGAUACUGAGAUCUUAGUCACCCGUCUUGAUGGUGAACUAUUAGAGAAAGGUGCGUGCGCAGAUGUGGCGGACGAAAAUGAGACUAUGUGCGUCAUUUGCAUGGAUGAUGAAUUGACUGAUCCAGUACAGUUGAAAGAUUGUAAACACGAGUUCUGUCGUGAGUGUAUAACAGAAUAUUUAUACCAUAAAUCGGCUUGUCCUGUUUGCAAUACGGUUUAUGGGGAAAUGUACGGAAAUCAACCAGAAAAUGGGACUGCUACGAUAUAUCUGGAUGAUGCUUGUCUUCCGGGAUACAGCUGUAAAACACUGAUAAUCCAUUAUGAAUUUCCGGAUGGAAAUCAGACGGAAAACCACCCUAGUCCUGGGGAACCGUAUCAUGGCCUUUCCCGCCAAGGUUACUUACCGGACAAUAGAGAGGGGCGUCUGAUUUUAACGAUGCUGAAGCGUGCUUUCGAGCAUCGUCUGAUUUUUACUGUUGGUUUCUCUCGAACUUCCGGUAAAGACAACGUAGUCACGUGGAACGACAUCCAUCACAAAACAAGGAGAGAAGGAGGACCAGAAAAAUAUGGUUAUCCAGAUCCAGAAUACCUGUCAAGAGUUAAAGAUGAGCUGAAGGCCAAAGGAAUUUCUGAAGAAUGAAGACUGGGAGUUUUCAAAAUAUGACUGAUAAUAAAUAUUCUAUUCCUUAGGCCAUCUGUAAAACUUUGUUUGUUUGUCCUCUCCGGACCGCCUGGCUAAAAAUGGCCGACUCAAAACUUUUUUAACCUCCAGGAAACGAUUUUUUUUUCAUUCCAGAAUUUUCUCAUCUCGAGAACAACUAUUUUUGAGUUUAUAAAUACCUUCAGUUUUAAGAGAUGUUUAGCAUUCAGCAUGUUGAAAAUUUCUAAGAAAAAUAUUUUCUCACCUACCUACAGACCCAUUUUUUUUUUCAUCCUGAAUCGGGAGAAGGCAAACAAACAAUAUUUUAAAGUUGACCUUACAUUUCUCCCUAACAAUAUACUCGUACAAUGUCGCUGAGAUUAAGUUUUUCAUACACU